AUGCAAACUAGAAGAGAAAUGAGGGGAGGAGAAGAGAUGAGAUGGAAUACAAGAAGAGAAACGCGGAGAAGAUUAACGGAGAAGAAGAAGAAGAAGAAGAAGAUGCUGCAAAGGGGAAGGAGAGAGCAAACGGAGAGAAACAAGAGAAUUCGCGCUUCUUUGGUCGACUUUAGACACGCGGUUUCUACAGUGGCGUGCAUGCGUGCGCAUACUUGGACGUUAUUCAUCUUUUCUUCUCCACUCUUUGCGUCCUCCUCUUCCGUCCUCCUCUUUAUCUUCUCCUUUCCCUCUGCUAUCUCUUUUCCUUACCCUGGCUUCCCGUCUACUUUCUCUUUCUUUGCUCCGUCUUUUCUCUCUCCUUCUCCUCGUUCUUUCUUUUCUUAUCUUUCGCUUUCUCCAUCCCGCUUACCCUUCCUCCCUUUCUGUUCUAGUUACUCCUUCUAUCGUUCUUUCGUUCUCAUCCAUUCAUCUCAUUUUUCCCAUUUCUCUCGGCUUUCUUGCCCCGUUUUCCAUUUCUCUCUCUCUUGCCUUCAUUGUUCCCCUUUCGUGCACAUCUUUCCAACGUGGGAUCGUUCGCCUACGGACUAUCGCUGCCAGUCACUGUUGAAAACAGCCGAUCAACUAAAGAUCAAGGGACUUUGCGAAGUGCCUGAAAGUAGAGACGGCCCACCCUCGGUAAGCCUGAGUUCGCCACCAAGGGAACCCGGCACUCCUAGAAUAAAUUUCACCAAGUUGAAGAGACAUCAUCAAAGGUACAAAAGGCCUAGAACUACGUUCGAACCUCGCGCUACAGAUUCGAGGCAUUACGAUCGAUACAAAGAAGAGGAAUCGAACGAAAAUUACGAUUGGGAGAACAAAGAGGUGAUAUGUUUUGUCAUACAGGUCUCGGUCAUUACGGUCAUCAUCCGGAUCCCGGCGAGGUUGAUCUACCUCCAGAAACUCAACCUACACCGCCGAGUGCCACAUUGGUUGGCACUACGAUCACGCAUUUAAGGGACCCGGAUCAUCAUUCCACAGAGAUUCAAAAUUGUGACAGUGUAAAGAUAAAGUUCGAAACGUUGCACACAAUGGAUUCGUCGGACACGAUUGAUAUCGAUAGCCACAUGUCAGAUCGAGCGAGCGUUAGUUCAAAGAACGCAGCCGAUAGCGACAACAUGAUGAUGAUCACACCGGAAUUGCUUGGAUUGAUGCCUUCUGGAAGUUCGAUACACUCGGAUUCUGGUGAGAAUAACUCGAGGGGCCAUUCCGGACAAUCGAGCUCGCAUCAUCACGGUUCCAAAUCGUGGACCCAAGAGGACAUGGAUGCUGCUUUGGAAGCCUUACGGAAUCACGAUAUGAGCCUUACAAAAGCCUCUGCAACGUUCGGCAUACCCUCGACGACUUUGUGGCAACGAGCGCAUCGGUUGGGAAUCGAUACUCCGAAAAAAGAUGGGCCUACUAAAUCGUGGAGCGACGAGAGUUUAAACAACGCGCUCGAAGCACUACGGACUGGGACAAUAUCAGCAAACAAAGCUUCAAAGGCAUUUGGAAUACCGUCAAGUACGUUGUAUAAAAUCGCGAGGAGGGAAGGCAUCAGGCUGGCUGCACCUUUCAAUGCAAGCCCCACCACCUGGUCGCCUGCCGAUCUCGAUCGUGCCCUCGAAGCAAUACGCUCCGGACAAACGUCUGUGCAGAGGGCGUCGACAGAAUUCGGUAUACCAACAGGAACGUUGUACGGCCGAUGCAAAAGAGAGGGCAUCGAACUUAGCAGGAGUAAUCCUACACCUUGGAGCGAAGAUGCUAUGACCGAGGCUCUCGAAGCUGUCAGAUUAGGCCAUAUGAGCAUUAAUCAAGCGGCGAUCCACUAUAAUUUACCGUACUCCUCCUUGUACGGUCGUUUCAAGAGGGGGAAAUACGAAGAACCAGCGGUGGGCGAGAUAUCGCAAGACGGUAGUAGUCCUCAUUUUCAUCAAAGCCCGAGUCAAAAUCAUUCGUCCGCUAUACCCGAUCAAAUGUCGUACCAAGGCAGCUGAAACUUGCCCCUUUAUUAGAUUGCUUUGAGUUAAUUUCAGUUUCUCCAAUUUCUUGCUGCAAUUUUACAAUUAACAUUCGUCGUAUUGUUCUUUGACUACGGGAACAAGCAACGAGCGACGGUAAAAAGAAAAAGUUAGUGAUCAAAAAUUCAUUGUUGAAUUAAAAACGAUUGGCGAGCGAAUUCUUCUCAAUAACUUAGGGACUUAUGAAAACAGGGACUUAUGACAUCGUAAAAUGACAGUGACAAUCGAUGGAUCCGGAACGGAAUCUAAGUUGAUAGAAACGAGAUACGAUGUCAUCAUUGCGGGGAAAAUGAGUGGUGAAAUGUUUGCAGUAUUACAGAUUGUCGUAAGCAAAUAUUAUGUAUAUUGUAUGACAAUUACGUCGAAUCGGAAACGUAAAUUAAUUAUAAUUUAUAAUUAUUUAUAAAAGAGAAAAAAGUGCUGUACAGUCGGAAUAAUACCGAUAAAUCUAUCGUAGUUUGUAAGUUGCCGAUGCAAUGGGCCAAUUUCAAGAGCAAAUUUCAAUUUCUCAAUAGAGAUUUCUGUUAUCUCGAUUUUCGCUUUUUUCUUUAUGUCUCUAUGAUCGGUUACAUUCUUUCUCUGAGACUAUUAAAUAAAUUUUUCACAAAUUCGAUACUUAUUGUAUGAUCAGAUACUAUAUUGUUACACAGUAUUGCACUGUAAUAUCUUUGAAAAAAAAAAAAA